CUCAAGCUCCACGAUCAGACUCCCAUGGACCCCUUCUCCUUCGACUGGAAUGAGACUGACGCCUGUAUCGAUGAUGCUCCCCUCAACCUCCUGUGGGAUGAUGCGCAACAUGUCCAGUCCAUGUCAGCAUACAUCAAGCAGGAUCCCCGGGACUCGCUCGACUCGCCUACCGACUUCCUGAUAGACGCUGUCAAGUAUGACAAGACCGACGACUGGUCUGCUAGCCCAUCUCCGACCGGCCACAACAGGCCUCGUAGGACACGAUGUUGGACUGAAGCAGACCGGCUGAGACACCGAGACCUCUGCAAGGGCAAGACAAGACUCUCAAAGCUUGACAAGGCAGCGAUCAUCAACAUCUGGAACAGCCGAAACCGCGAUGACAGGGGUACGACCACGCAGGUCCAGAUCGCCAACAUCUUCGGCAAGAGCAAGUCUACCAUCUCCAGGCUCCUCCGCCCGUUCAAGUCUGAUGCUGACGGAGACAGUGCUGACCGGGGACAGGCCGCCGCCUCUGCUGGGUCACGAUACCACACGCGAGAGAUAGCCUUCUCGAUCAGUGCAGCAGCUUUCGGGAGGUCGACACACCACUGCAGCCUGAAGCUCCUCAUGGAUCAAUCCGACGUCCCGGUCAACGGGCUCAACGUCCUGCUCAACUACCUCGAAGCCAGCCUGGGCCUCCUACGCGACUCAUAUCACCUCUGCUACCUGGACGAGGACGAGGACGAGAUCGUGGUCACGUCCGACAACGAGCUUGGGAUAGUGAUCUCCGACUUUCCCAGCGACAGGGCUGUAGGCCUGUACCUCAAGGGAAAGUGAGGGAGGA